ACUCUCUUCCAUUGUGUCGGCGACUGUCACGCUGUUCGUGUCGUCCAAAUUUCGCUGUCCCGAUCCCGUAUGCCGUGUGUCGCGUCCUCUGGAGGUGCAGUGCCCAAUCCAUAUAUAGAGCAGCAAUAAGUGAAAAACAUGGCGCCCGAAGGUAGACACUGCCGACACUACUGGUAUUAAUUGCUUCCUGGAUGUGCUGAAACAUCGUUAGUCGUAUAGUUCGUCGUCGUGUAAGCUAAAGAAUAGUAUAAUCGCGUAAUUCCACGUAUUCAGUCUAUCAGUAUUGUCUAUCCAAGAUUCCCAGUGAAAGUGCAACCUCAAUCCCUUAUUCUCAUAAGCCAGAUAACGAAGAGUCUCCUCAAUAUUAUAAGCACUAUAUAGCAAAGAAUUAGUGUUCUACUGUCCCUUAUUGCUACCUGAGCUGUAUACUCGAAAAGUGUGUAAACAAGAAAGCAGAAAAUCCACUAAUUAGCGUGUUGCGAAAUCGUGUUUCAUGUGGUCAGCGAGAAGAGUCAGAAGUUAGGAUUGCAGCGUUCUACUAGCACCUGUGUGCGAUAUACGUAUAUCAUAUAUAGAUAUGCCGCACAGCAAAAUCGGCAGUGGCAAACAAAGCUAGGAAAAAUCGAUUCGCUUGGAAAGAGAAGAAAGCAAACGCCAGUUUACACAGUCAGUGAUAUGUAAUGUGGAAAGAUGCAACAACGAGUGCAAGCUGUGCUCGGUGAGGGAAAAGGAAAAUUCAACAUCCCCUGAGCUUGUCGUCGUGUUAAAGUGUGGGAGGUUAAACGGUGCUCCAGUGUAAUCCGCAAGUGAGAUUGAACCGAGCGCCAGGAUGAAUGCCGACCGGAACAAACGACAGUAUCGAUCCGGUAACAAUCUGUUCAGCGAUGAUGAGCUGGAAUUAUCAUCGUCACAGGUGCUGGAGAAGGUCAAAUCGGACCGCAUUGCUUCCACCAAACCGGACGAGGAUCGUCGCCGGCGAACGAUCAUCGUUGAGAAGAAGAACGGUUCCUACGGGUUUACGCUGCAGAGCUACGGAAUCCACUACAAGAAGGAGCAGGAGGUUGAAAUGAUCACCUACGUGGACUACGUCGAGUACGACGGGCCGGCCUAUCGAGCGGGCAUGCGGGAAGGAGAUGUGAUCCUGUCGAUCAAUGGGUACGACAUGGAGAAGGCCGAACACAAAACGUUGGUCAAUUUCAUCAAAAACUGUGAUAACCGAAUGAGAAUGGUGGUGCUGUUUGAAGACUGCUGUCGAAAGGUAGAGCUACAUCUGAAGUACAUCCACCUCCAGGAGCUGCUGAAAAGCAAAAUGAACGACCUGGAGCGGAUAUGUCUGAAGGAGCGGGAGCUACUGGAAGGAAAGUGGAAAACUCACAGCUUACCGGCGCGGAAGAAGGCCACCCCUUCCACCGAUGACAUCGAUCCCGGUUCUACGACUGACGUCGAAUCAGCGUCCGGUCCCUCGUUUUGCCGUCCAGCUUCAUCGACGGAGGACGUCAAGAAGCUGCUACGGCAGAAGACGUACAUUGUACCACCGCCCGCCCAGUUCAUGCUAGCGUACCAUUGCUUGGACAGCAACUACCGCUACGUGAUACACCCAUCGACCUCGACUGGUGCUACCGGUAAUACCGAGUACUCCUCGGGAGCCGCAUCAUUCAACCCUAGCUGUGCUCAAUCAACGGCCAAAUUGUGUAAAGAUCAUCAGCAUGUAAUCCGUGGUUCUUCCCUUGACAAUAGCAACGUGGGCAGCGGUCAGCAACCGAAGUCGACAUCGCCAACGAAGAGUCUUCACAACUAUGACACCAAAUCAACGAAAUCCUCCUCACGGCGACAUCUGCACGGGCACUCCUGUAAUCCGUGCAUGGGUCACUUCCUGCGCGGCGGCGGUGACAAAGGCAAUAAGGCCGACAAAGACAACACCAGUCUCGAUGCGUACGACCUCGCCAGCCCUUGCUGUGAUCCACAAUGUGUUCCUUCGCGGCGCAAGUCCAAACACCACAAAGACCAUCAUCACAAGCACAAACAUCGGGACAAGGAAGCGAAAGAGAGCGCCAAAGAGCGCAUUCCUCGUCCCAAGUCACAGCCACACAUUUCACCACAGUCACAGGCUAACUAUCUGUAUCGCCAUAGUAAAGAUAAGCACGAACAUCACCAUGCCAAAGUUUACGACCUAAACGCUAGCUUAACUAGUCAUUGUAGUCUUCAUUCAUGCACAUCCAGCGAGUUCAAUCCGGCUGCGGAAAAUUCGCCAGCAUCCUAUAGCACAUCCAUCAGCACCGAUACGCUGUAUUGGGAACCGCACAGCGAAUCAACGUCCGCUUCGGCAGGUUCGGCCCACAAGAAGCCCCCGGCCACAAGUUCUGCGGGUCCAAGCCGUCCGCAUACUCAUCAACACCACUACUACGUUCAGAAAUACAUCAAUCCUCAUACCGGCCAAAUACAGCCCAUUGCUAUGUACGCUGGGCCUCCGGUUCACAAGCCCAAAUCUUGGGACAACCUCGCAAUGAAAGGAUACGGAGGCUAUGGAUAUGGCUACGGUUAUCUAGAGAUGAAUAAGGCGAACAUUCCAGCGGCCCAGACCAGGACGCAAACGACCAUCACCAUCCAGCACAGGAACUCCAUUCCGAGAAAGAACGGCUACGAACGGUACUCAGCUUUCGUCGAUGUAGAAAACUAUGCACCUCCACCGACGCAGUUCCUACAGGAAACGACAACUACGACGACUACCAUAACAACCAAGUCGACGGAAAAUAUCCUCGCACCGUACAACAUUUCGGAUCAAAGUUUGUCCUGCGAGUGCAUCGAGGGUCCGUCGAGUUCAGGUGGAACCGGUGGCGGCGGAAAAGCAACCAGUACCAUGGAAAUACUACACGAUAAGACCGGAUAUUACUCCAGUUUGGGGGGAGGAUCAAGUGCAGGCACUGGAAACAAGAAGCAAAUAGCCAACCUAACUGAGAUUGCUCGACUCUAGACUAGCUUUUUGUACUCUACGACGUUUCUAGAAGUUAAUUUGUUUAAUUCGGUUCGAUUCAAUGCAAUUCAAUUCCUCAUUUUGCUUCUACAUUCCCUGUAUGAAGUCUCAUACGAAAUUUGUUCAUUGUAGACCUCCAUCGCCUAGCGGUGGUACAGUUCAGAACUUUUGCUGGCAUGAGCGCAAAAUAUAAGCGUUGACGUGUAUGACAAGCUUGAAAAAGAAACAACGAAAUUAAUGAUAUUGAAGUUUUUUGAGUAUACUCGAAAAUGAUAAUUAACCUUCAUGUAGGCAACAAUCAAAGGCGAAAUAGAGACGACGUAAUCUGUAUACACUUAAA